GAUCAAAACAUCAUUACUUUUCAACAUGGCGGAUUAGACUUUUGCCUGGACGGUUGUGUUAGUGUUUUGUCAUGUUUACUUUUGUGAUUGUUUAAAGUGAUUUUAUCAUAUGUGAACAUUAAUAUGAUAUCGGCGAUAAUUUCUCGAUUGGUUAUAUUGGUAUUCGGGACCCUCUACCCGGCUUAUGCUUCAUAUAAAGCUGUGCGGACGAAGAACUUGAAAGAAUACGUAAAAUGGAUGAUGUACUGGAUAGUGUUUGCUCUGUUCUCGUGUACGGAGACGUUUACGGACGUGUUCCUGUCAUGGUUCCCGUUCUACUACGAGGUGAAGAUAGUUCUGGUGCUGUGGCUGUUGUCUCCAGCCACGAAGGGGUCUUCGAUACUGUACAGGAAGUUCGUGCACCCGGCGCUUUGCCGCAGGGAACAGGAAAUAGAUGAGUACAUAGCUAAAGCCAAAGAUCAGGGUUACCACACGGUGCUCAACCUGGGCACCAAAGGCGUCAACUAUGCCACCACCGUUAUCAUGCAAACAGCCAUAAAGGGAGGCGGAGGCCUAGUUCAGCAGCUGCGCAAGAGUUACAGUCUGUCGGACUUGAGCGAAUGUUCGCCGCACGACGAGCGGGGCAGCGACGAGGCCGAUGAUGUUCUGCCCGAACCUAGGCUUAUUCGCCGGGGGACUAAGAGUUCCAGUGGUUACAACACCCGCCGCAGCGCGUCGGAGUCAAACAGCCGAUCGCCAAUGUACUUCCCAGAGGUGGACGUCGACGUGCGGACCGCGCGGGCGAGGACUGACGAACCUGACUUCAGCCACAUAAAGUCGAGCGAGGACAUCAGCUCGGGCUACUCCAGCGCGGACACCUCUGCCUCUCUCUCUCGCACGGCGUCGCUCGGCGCCGGCGCACGCCGCCCGCGCGCCGCUCGCGCCGCCGUCACGCCCAUCAAACGCCCGCAAGCCGCUGAGGAAAGCGAAGUAAUCAUCGAGGAGCUGUACGACGACGAAUGCUUUGAAUUUGCGAAUAUGCCCCCUCUAGUAAAUCUUCCUUCUCCAAUAUUCUUAUCCCAAACUGACCCUCCUUUCAUAUAUCAAUAUGUUGGAGAUCAGGUCAAAAUAAUUCAAGUUCUAGGUAGAGAUUCUCUUAAUACAAGUUUUAGCAAAGACAAUAGUGAUAAAGAUAACUGGGACCAAAAAGAAUCAGCAGCUCAAGUAGCAUCAUAUAAAAAUUCCGAUAAUGACGAACAAUCAAAAGAAGUUUUUUAUGAGUCUGAAAUGGAUACCUUAGAAAAUGAACAGUUACAUAUUAUUCAAAAAGAAAUCCAUACGGAAGGCACUAUUCAAUUCAAAAGUGAGGACACUAAUGACGAUAAAAUAAACAUAACAUCAAGCAGUGACGCCCAAGAGAUCAAUAAGGUAGAUAAUUCACAAGCGAUUAUCGUAGAAAAAGUUGAUAAUGUGCAAGCAGAAGAUAAUGUUAAUAAAGUAGACGAACAUAUUGACACGACCAGUCUAGACACGUCCGUUAACGAAAACGACUCCGCCGAGAGUGACGACGAAGCCUCAUUUGGUACCCCGGAAGAUUCUCCUAAAUCAAAAAGAAAGUCCCCUAAAGGAAAAUAUGGGAAAGCUAAAGCUCCCCCACCUCCUAAACUAGAAAUGCCUAAUAUGCGAACUGAGCAUGAUAGUACAAAUUUGGAUAGCGCAUUGAGUACAACUUCCAUAGAGAGUUUAAAUGAUAUAGUUAAGAUGCUCCCUAACGAAACUUUAAAAGAAAACAGUGCAUUUAAAGGUGGCCUUACGGUAAUAAAUCCUAUAGCUGAAAAGAAACGACGACACAAGUCGAAGUCACCCGGCAGACUUCCAAAAAGUCAGGGCUCGGGAAUAAGUAAAUUAUUGCAAUUGCCUACCAAACUAGCAUUCUGGCAAAAGUCUGAAGAUAAACCGAAAUCAGAUUGUGUAUCUACCUCAUCUGAAAAUCACAGCAGAAGAUCUUCAACUAAUGAGAAACAAGCAGAGGAUUAUCAAAGUUGCCUCAAUAUUGAUGUAGAUGAUACAGCAAUUGAGAAUGUUCUACCUCAAGCAGAUAUAUCUGAUGAUCAAACGAGUUUUAAGGAUGCAUGUGACAUUGAUAGUGAAGUGAUAUCAAAUGAUAUUAUAGAAAAGAGUGAUGCUUUGCAAAAGCUGAUUGAAGCUAAAAUAGAAAGUCACCCUGAAUACAAAUUUGUGUCUCUGCAUGAUGAAAUACCGACUGCAUCUAAAAGUACAGAUGUAUAAGAAGCCUUCCUUUAGUCCCCGAGUCCAUUUAGCAUUAGGAACCGGAGUUGAGCAGACCAGCAAUGCUGUCGGCCUCUGCUACAAUACCCCGCACAAAAAAAACGAAUAAAAGGAAAACACAAUAAUUGUUUGACUGGAAACAUUUCAAUCUAUGAAAAUAAUAGGGCUGAUAAUUCCCUAUUUUUAAUAAAUUUAUAUGGCUGACUAUGGGAUGUUAUGUAAUCAUUUUGUUGGUAUUACAUGCAGCAUCUAACUCUAGCAAAUAUUUUGUCAGCUUUUUAUUACUCUUAAAUGAUUUUACUAUGGGAGUGUUUAGGGAGCGCUAGUCAUGUAAUGUAAAGCGUCGUUUUGAAAGAAAACAAUGUUCGGCUCAUUUGUUUUUCAUUACUUCAGGCUUAUUACAGGAAUUUUGGUUGAUGUUUUGAUCGCUCUAUCUUCCACAAUAGUACUUUUCCACGCCAACAGUAGUCAAGUCGUAAACUAGCGCAACCUUAUCAAAAACACUAUGCAAUUACCUACGUAAUUAGUUCUUCCAAGCUUUUUAGUCUAGCUGUUAAUGCGAAGUAUUUUCGAAAAGACUUAUGGGACACGUUUUUUAAAACUAUUUAAUAGUGUAACGCUCAUUUAUUGGUAUAAUAUAAUCGGUUAUUUUUAUGCGAGCCACGCGCAUGCAAAUAGCCUGUAGCUAUAUUGUCGCACUUUGUAAACUGGUGUAUAUUAUUAGUGCAAUAUUUUAGGGGUAGCUAUGAAACAAAAAACUUAGUUGUGUAUGACAUUUUAUUAUGUUAGGCGACAGCAAGAUUUUAUAUUGGCGUUAGUGUCCAAUAAUACCUUUAUUUGUUGAUUUAUCCCAAAUUUGAAAAUAAUAAUUAUUAAGCAUAAAAUGCACAAAGGAUUUUGAUUAACGUGGAUAUCACAUUAUGAGAACAUUUUGUUUUAAACAAAAUUAAUUAUAAUUUACUUCAAAUUGGUGGCCUAUAAUUUUAGCCAAAAUUUGCCAAAUAAACUUAAAAACGACUCAAACUAUCUAUGUAGUGAAAUUAUUUUCUAAUUAUUAGCGUUAGGUAAACUAGUCCAUAAUAAUUUAAUAGCUUCAAUGAGGCUUUUCAUAUCGAUGUCGGUUAGUUAAUUAAUAGGAUCUUUUUGAAGGAAUUACUAUACCGGGGGCAUAACAAUAUAAAUUUCAAAGUUAUUAGGUAUCUUUUCACAAGAAAAGCUGAUGUAAUGUUUAUAUUUAUUUAUUUAUGCUAACUAUCACGAUUAAAUAUCUCAUUAUUAAAUGAAGUUGUUUCUUGUUUUUUAAUAUUGUGAUAUUGCCCAGUAUUUGUGAUAGAGUUACCAAACACUGACUUGCAUGGAAUGUUAUCAUCAUUACCAAUAAUUUUAUAAAUAAAUCUCUAGCUAACUGUAAUGCAGUUUAUAAAAUGUUACAAAAUAAAUAAUUAAUAAUAUUAUGUAUGUAAUUUGUAAUUAAUUGUAUAGAUAGAAUUUCAUCAUGACAUGUUAAUGGUUCCUCCUGUUAAAUGUUAUUUUAUGUAUUAUUUAUUUUUAAAUUUUGUGUUAGUGUGCUUAUUCUGACAAGUUACCUACAUGAGAAAAUCAGUGUACCAUCUCCAGGUUUUCGAAGUUCGCCUGUUUUCUAAUUUUGUUACCCACUUUUUGGGCUCGAUUCUGUGGUAUACUUCACAAAGCCACCGUAUUUUAUAUUUCAUAAGCUAUGAGAGCUAAAAGGAAACAAAGACUGCAAAAGUAAUACAAAAUUGGUUUAGUGGAUGAUACCAGAAUUGAGCAUGAAUAUUUUUAUGUAUCUUACCUAUGCAAAAUUGUGUGACUAUUUUAUGGAAUUUAAGUUUGAAAUAAAUUACAAUUGAAUGGUA